CCCCCGCCGCGCCCCUCGCCCCGCCGCGCCGCCCCGCGCCCAGCCCGAUGCCCGGCGGCGGGCGGAGGUGAAGCAGCGAGCGGGCGCUGGAUCCUCCCGGCCGCGGCCCCCGGGGCCCCGGGCACGGAACAAAGGGCCAUGGCCGAGGGGGCCCCCGCUCAGGCGCCGGAGCCGGCGCGGCCGCCGCGCUGCCCCUCGCCCCUCCGGGCUGCGGCCGGGCCCGAGCGCACCUCGGAGCGGGAGACGCAGACGGCGGAGCUGUCCCUGACCGUGGUGGCGGCCGUGCAGGCGGUGGAGCGCAAGGUGGAUUCCCACUCCACCCGCCUGCUGGACCUGGAGGGCCGGACCGGGAUGGCCGAGAAGAAGCUGAUCGACUGUGAGAAGACGGCGGCGGAGCUGGGGAACCAGCUGGAGAGCAAGUGCGCGGCGCUGGGCACCCUCAUCCAGGAGUACGGGCUGCUCCAGCGGCGCCUGGAGAACAUGGAGAACCUCCUGAAGAACAGGAACUUCUGGAUCCUGCGGCUGCCCCCGGGCAGGAAGGGGGAGGUCCCCAAGGUGCCGGUGACCUUUGAUGACGUGUCCGUCUACUUCAAUGACAAGGAGUGGGAGAAGCUGGAGGAGUGGCAGAAGGAGCUCUACAAGAAUGUGAUGAAGGGGAACUACGAGUCUCUGAUCUCCCUGGACUAUGCAAUCUCCAAGCCCGGUGUUUUGUCUCAGAUCGAGCAAGGGGAGGAAUCGCAGGGCAGGAAUGAGCAGGACCUGGAGGAGAGUGAGAUCAUUACUGAUGCCACGGCAGCUGGAAUAAGGGUUGUGAUCAAAACGGAGGAGCUCCUUCCCGAGGACAGCCCCGAGAACGCCGAGCUGCACGGGCUGUCGGGGCAGUCCGAGGGCAGCUUCCAGAGCCCCGACGAGGAGGCGGCCUGCGAGAGCCCCUACGGCUCCGUGUCCCCCCCGAGGGAGCUCCCGGGGACCAGCCUGGGCGACUCCUCCGAGUACGGAGCCGACUACAACGAGAUCCAGAGGGUCAUCGUGCACCACGGCAGCUGCACAGAGGACGGGAUCGUGAUCAAGACGGAGGAGGAGGAGGAGGAGGAGGAGGAUGACCCCGACGCGCUGGAGCCGUGCGCCAUGUUCUCGGGCCGCAGCGAGGCGCCGGCGUUCCCCGGCCACGAGGCGGGGCUGGGCUGCGAGGCGCAGUGCAGCUCCAAGGCGCAGCCCCGCGGCCUGGCCGCCCGCGUCAGGAAGCCGUCGGCCUGCGAGAGGGACUCCGGGGACAUGAAGGCGUCCGGCGGCCAGCAGCGCAACCGGACGCGGGAGAGGCCCUACAUCUGCCCCGAGUGCGGGAAGAGCUUCAUGCUCAAGAUCAACUUCAUGAUCCACCAGCGCAACCACCUCAAGGAAGGGCCCUACGAGUGCCACGAGUGCGACCUCAGCUUCCGCAACAAGCAGCAGUUCCUGCUGCACCAGCGCAGCCACACGCGCCGCGGCGUGGGGGUCCCGCGGCGCCCCGAGCACGGCCUCAAGCCCCCGGCGCGGCCGCCGCCCCCGGGGAAGCCCUACAAGUGCUCCGAGUGCGAGAGCAGCUUCAGCCACAAGUCGAGCCUCAGCAAGCACCAGAUCACGCACGUCGGGGAGCGGCCCUUCACCUGCGGCGAGUGCCGCAGGAGCUUCCGCCUGCAGAUCAGCCUGCUCAUGCACCAGAGGAUCCACGCCGGCAAGAACGAGAUGGCCUUCCUGUGCCCCCAGUGCGGCAAGAACUUCACGCGGCCCUCCCACCUGCUGCGGCACCAGCGGACUCACACCGGCGAGCGGCCCUACCAGUGCAGCCAGUGCGAGAAGACCUUCAGCGAGAAGUCCAAGCUGACCAACCAUUACCGCAUCCACACGCGGGAGCGCCCGCACGCCUGCGCCGUCUGCGGGAAGGGCUUCAUCCGCAAGCACCACCUCCUGGAGCACCAGCGCAUCCACACGGGCGAGCGGCCCUACCACUGCAGCGAGUGCGGCAAGAACUUCACGCAGAAGCAUCACCUCCUGGAGCACCAGCGCGCGCACACCGGCGAGCGGCCCUACCCCUGCACCGAGUGCACCAAGUGCUUCCGCUACAAGCAGUCGCUCAAGUACCACCUGAGGACGCACAUGGGAGAGUGAGGGGCUGCCGAGGCUUCCUCUCCCUCCCUCCCUCCAUCCCUCCCUUCCUCCUCGUCCUCCUUCUCCUCCACUGAUCUCUCCCACCUUCCCUCCCUCCGUCUCCCCCACCCCGGCUCAGGGCAUGGACGUCAAGGAAGCUUUGUGUGGUAGCGCCGCUGGUCUGGUGGAGACUCGGCCGAUUGGAAAUAAAUUAAUGAAUUAAAGCAAGCAACGCGGGGCAAAAUUAAAAGAUUAUAUAUAUAUAAAAUUAACAGAAGCAGCUGAUUAGGGGGAAUCCUCACCACCAACAAAAGAAACCUGUACACAGGGUGUUUUGCCGGAGUAGGACUCGUAACUGCUUUUUAAAUCUACUGUUUGUUUUUUUUUUAAUAAAUGUGGAGGAACUUUUAUUUGAUAAGCAACCUUA